AUGGCCCAAGAGGCUCCCGAAGCGCAGACGGAGGAUAAGACGGACUCCCAUGGCGUCUCCCACCAUCAUCUUGGUGGUCUGCCAUCCGAGUUGUUCGACAAGAUCUUGUUCGAGAUCAACUCCAUCCGCGAUCUCGCCCACUUCAUCGCCACCGCUCGCUUCGCGUACCAACGCUUCAGGCUUCAAAGGCGGGCCGUCCUUUUCCGGGUCCUGCAAAACGAGCUGGGCCCGGUGCUAGCUGACGCCAGGUUCCUCUUUGUGUUCCCUUAUUCGGACCCCACAGACCAGGUCCGGUACAUCGAAUGGCUCCACCUCAUGGCCGACGUAUACCACGGCAUGCUUCGAGGCGGCAACACCGAGGAUGGCAUGCCAAUCCAAGGCGAUGCCCUCCCCCACCUCGAGGAGCUAAAGGCGCUUUGCCGCACCCUCCACCAGAUCAACUUCAUCGCCGACAUGUACAUCACAGCACGGCUCGCGUCGUUCGACCGAGGCGGCGGAGGCGGGACGCCCGCCACGGCGCCGCUCUCGCCCUUAGAGCGGCGACGGCUCGUGCGCAGCUUCUACCGCCGCCAGAUCCUGAGCAACGCCUGGGCCGCGACCAGGCGCCCCAAGCACUGGACCCACGAGGACACGGCGGCUAUCAGCAACUCGAGCACGCAUCAAGGCGAGCAGUUGGGCCUGCUCGGCACGCUUGAGCCCUGGGAGAUGCAGCAGAUCGAGCACGCCGACGUCUUCAUCACGCGCCUGUGUCUCGCGCUCGUGCACCACUCUCCGCGGACGGCCGACGGAGCCCCGGGGAUCCCACCCCGCCAGUUCGACGAGCUGUUUGCGCACCUGCACCGCCUCGACCAGUUCCUGCAGACACAUCGCGGCGUCGCCAAGCGGGCCGCCCGUGAUCUGGCAGCGGCCAUGGAGCUCGCGCACUGCUCGCGCCUGCGCGACGAGUACGUGAACCCGUACCAGAUGAUCCCCCUGCGACUCGCGUGGCAGGCGGACCGGGCAACCUCCUUCCCGGACCCGGUCAGAGACAAGUGGGACCGGGACGGGUUGGUUGUGCCCUACGUCGGAGACGGGCUCGACCUCGCCCCAUACGGCUGGCUGGACGCGCUGGGGGGGCGCUACGUCAAAUGGUUCGGAGAAGGGCUGUACUCCAUUCCCCGGCUGCCUACCCGGCAGAGCCACAGCCAGUCAUCGGACCAGAGCAAUGCCUUGUACCUCUGGAGGCACGCUGGGUUUUGCCUGUGGGACCGGAAACGGGUCGAGGCGUUGAAGGGGCUGAGCAUGUUUGGGGGGGAGCUGUAUACCGGAUGGGUUCUUAACCGCUCGAUCGAGCGGGAUGACUGA